CCCCCCCCCCCGCAGCUUUUGGGAAAAGGAAAGUAUAUUCCUGGCUGAAGACCAGCCAGGAUGUAACCACUGCUCUCUUAAAACUUACUCUUUACUUUUUCCCAGCAAGAAAUAGAUACUGCCACUGAGCUGUAGGUGGACCAGUGGGAUGAACUUAUGGAAAUGGUCAAGUGUGGGAGCCCACCAUUCAGCAGGGCUGCAGGGGGGUGGAGGAGGAAGUUACACGGAGGGAAAAAUGGCAGUGGGGAGGACACAUGUACUGCAGGUCUCCCUAGACACCUUUUCUAGGUCUGGAUGGUAUUUUGGCAGCACUUGGUGUUAGGAUGGAGCUGUGGUGGGUUGGAGCUGGUGCUGUGCCUCCCGUAUAGUCCAGUCCCACUGCCCACCAUCUUUUUAGGCGUGUCCUAGAAGGGAUUCAUCACAUCUGCCUCCCACCCCUUUCCUUCAUCAGGCAUCAAAUGUGGCGGGGUGCUCUCAGCACCCUCUGGCAACUUCUCCAGCCCCAAUUUCCCGGGGCCGUACCCCUACGAGACGGAGUGCACCUGGCUGAUCGUGGUGGCCGAGGGCUCCUCUGUCCUGCUCUCCUUCAGCCACUUUGAGCUGGAGUACCACGCUGCCUGCGCUUACGAUUAUCUCCAAGUCUACAAUGGGGCAUCCCGGGACCAGGGCAACCUUCUGGGCACCUUUUGUGGCCGCAGUGCCCCACCACCUUUUGCUUCUGCCUGGCACGUCAUGGCUGUGGUCUUCAGCUCUGACCGGCAUGUGGCCAAGCGUGGCUUUGCUGCCACCUACCACAAAGAUGCAUGUGGUGGGCAACUGACGGGGCUGUCUGGGGAGAUCGCCAGCCCGCGGUACCCCGAGAGCUACCCCAAUGACGCAGAGUGCCGCUGGAGCAUCAGGGCGACUGAUGGCCCCCUCACCCUGAUCUUUGCUGACUUCCAAGUAGAGGGCGGCCAAGGCUGUGGCUUCGACUAUGUGGCUCUUUUCGAUGGCCCCACUGCUGCUGCCCCCCACCUGGGUCGCUACUGCGGUAGCACCCGCCCGCCCCGCAUCAUCUCCUCUACCCAACACCUCUUCAUCCUCUUCAAAUCAGACUUCAACAUUGUGGGCAGGGGCUUCAAGGCCCGUUUCUAUUCAGGUGAGUGCCAGGAAGUCUACACCACCAUCAAGGGAAAUUUCUCCAGUCCUCAGUACCCCAACUUCUACCCCAACAACCUCCAGUGUCAGUGGAGCAUCCAGCUACCCCCAGGCUACCGGAUCAAAGUCUUCUUCUUGGACCUGGAGCUGGAGGCUCGGAGCAGCCUGACCAGUGGCUGUGACUACGACCGCCUGGAUGCCUUUGAUGGUGGAGCUGAGAACGCCUCCCUGCUGGGGACAUGGUGUGGGAGGGAGAGCCCAGUGCCUGUCAUCUCCCGCAGCCAUCAGUUGCUGCUGGUGCUCCACACAGACCGCAGCACGGCCAAGCGGGGCUUCUCCCUUGCCUAUGUUGGAGUCGUACCCAUGAAUAUCAGCUGCACGCGGACAGACUUCCACAUCCAGAUCCCCACGCAGGCCCUGGCCCAGCUGCAGAGGAACAAGGUGUACUUGGGGAUGCCCUCCUGUGUGGCUCAAGUGGUCGGUUCACACUUCAGGAUACACACCCGGUUUGACACAUGUGGCACUGAGUCUCAGAGACGAAACAACACAUCCAUCAUCGUCAGCACGCUCUACAUCGACUUCUCGGUGGGUGACCAGGAGGACAUCCACCAGUACGAGGUGCAGUGUGAGCCCAAGAGGAAGGAAGCCUCCGUGUCCCUCAUUGCUGGCCCCGACCCACACAGGCUGAGCCAGGCAGAAAAUAUGGUGGAUGUGCAGCAGAGAGGGGUGGGAGCGAUGGAUGCCCACGAAACCAAGAGCCAGGACACCAGUGACAUCGUCUUCAUCAGCAUCUGCAUUUUGGCUGGGCUGCUUAUGGUCAUUGCUGUGGUUGGGCUUGUGCUGCUGUAGCAAACUUAGGUUGGAAACGUGGCCCCCAAAACCACCCUUGCCCCAAGUUUAGUGCUAACACAGCUGCUGAAAUGGAGAUGGUGAAACAAAGCCUGAGCCCAACCUCCACCUCAUCCCCACGCCUGAGAUCUGGGUGGUAGGCAGCCAUUUUCCUUCCCAUCAGUUUUCCUCUGUCUCUCAAUCUGUCCAUUUGGCUCAGGAAUGCACUUCUUAUGCUCUGUAACUAUUCCCACACCUGCUUCAAUUUGUUUUCCCUCUGUUGCCUCUACUUUCGGGAAAGUAGCGCUGUUUGCUGAUGGCUGGAAGUAAUCCUGUCAACUGCUGAAUUCCUGAACAUAGCAAUUACCCCCAAAUAUAGCAAUAUUUGUAACAAACCUUCUCCAUGUUCCCCAUCUGUACUGGUGUGGGUGCCGUGGAUCCGUACUGCAGACAUCAGCAUCUCCCUUUGGUGUGUGGUGAUGGGUACAACACAUGUGGGUGCUUUUGGGUGGUGUUUCUAGAUGCCCUUACACCAUAUCUCAGAGGAUCAUUAG